AUGCGAAUAAGAUGUGGAAAAGGAAUUCGUUUCUCGUCCUACCAUGGGAACUUCAUGCUAAGGUCUACUGAUCUGCUUGCUCUUCCUGCUGUUGACUGUGACAAAGCAUAUGCAAUGCAGCUAUCACUGGAAGAGACAUUGCUAACAACUCAGACUGUGUAUUUCCAAGUCGCUUUGCUAUAUACUGCUUCUUGCGGAGAGAGGCGUAUAAGGGUACACACAGCUGUUGCACCAGUGGUUACCGAUCUUGGAGAGAUGUAUAGACAAGCAGACACUGGUUCCAUUGUCUCUGUAUAUACUAGAUUAGCAAUUGAGAAAUCCUUGUCCGCAAAGUUGGAUGAUGCACGGAAUGUAAUACAGCAAAAGAUUGUUAAAGCCCUCAGAGAAUAUCGAGAUCUUCAUAAGGUGCAGCAUCGGUUGGGGUCUAGAUUGAUAUACCCAGAGUCUUUGAAGUUUUUGCCAUUGUACGGAUUGGCAAUUUGUAAGUCCACUCCUCUACAAGGUGGACCUGCUGAUGCUUCACUUGACGAGCGCUGUGCGGCAGGCUACACCAUGAUGGCUCUGCCCGUCAAAAAGCUGUUGAAGCUUUUAUAUCCCAAUUUAUUCCGUGUUGACGAGUGGCUCUUAAAGCCAUCAGCAGACCACAAUGACCUUAAGGACGUUUUAAGGAGAUUGCCUCUGGCUGCAGAGAGUUUGGAUUCUAGAGGCCUCUACAUUUAUGAUGAUGGUUUCCGAUUAGUUUUGUGGUUUGGCCGGAUGCUUUCACCUGACAUUGCCAAGAAUCUUCUUGGGGCUGACUUUGCAGCAGAGCUCUCAAGGGUUGCACUGCAAGAGCAAGAGAAUGGGAUGUCAAAGAAGCUAAUGAGAUGGGCGGUUCGACUGGUUAUGUUGAUUGGAUUCAGCAAAUUCACCGCCAGAUCCAACAAAAUGCGUAAUAUGGCUCACGAUCACAACUCAGGUGCCUGA